UGCAACCAUCGUAUGGGUGAGGGCCGACAUCCGGGCAACUGAGCUACAUACGGGUUCUUCAAGCCAUAGCAACCAGACUGGCGUUGAAAACAAACCGUUGCCAUUACUCUUUAACCUGUCGACCUACGCUGGUUAAACCCGUCAUUCUGCCUCCAAAAUGCCGAAAAACUGUGUUGUUUUUGGUUGUGCUAACCACAACUGGAAACAGGGAAAACAAAUGUUGUAUUUUGUUCUGCCAAAGCGUGAUAAAAGCCCACAGAGACGAGACAAAUGGCUCGCAGCUUUACACUGGGAAAACGAGGACGGAUCUCACUGGAGUCUGGUCGUGUGUUAGGAUCACUUCGUUUCUGGUAAAUAUAAGGAACAAAAAUCCACCUUCUUAACCACAACUUGGCUAUACGUCCGUGCUAAUGUUGUACUUGUUGAAUUUGUACCUUAUAACGUUCGACAGCUGAAGUUGUUGUUGUACAAAAAUAACAUGCGGUAUAUACUAUAUAGUCUAAAGCCUAGCUAGCUAUUUUCAAAAACCGGACAACGAGAGGAUACCAAAGGCAGCGUUAAGAUGGACACCACCGGGAAAACGUAAGCCAGGGCGGCCAAAGAACACCUGGCGAAGAACAGUUGAAGGGGAGCUGAAAGAGAUGAAGCUUACAUGGGGCGAGGCACAGAGACGAGCACAGCAGCGAGAUGAAUGGCGUCGAGUCUUCAAAGCCUUAUUUCCCAUCCGGGAAGAAGAGGAUUAAGUUAAGAACUUGACGCGUCAAAAGACUCAUCUGUUGCAUAUUUCCCAUCGAGGCCAGUGGGCGAGGAGGAAGACCUUGCGAGCAGGAGGUUGUCAUACGGCGCGGCGAGAGCAAGAAAGGCGGCCAACACGUCUUGUUUCCCAAGUCCGCCCCCUGCCCUCAUGACGACCAUCGCCAUGGACCGAAUUGGCCGCCUCUUCAUCAGCCUGCAGCAGAUCAAGCAGGUCCCUCGCAUGCUCGCCGAGGCGGCGCCGUCCGUGCCGAACACAGUGCGAGACACCGAGGUCCCUCAGUUCUUCAGGGAGCGCUUCGUCCGCACGGGCUACCGUCCCCUCCAUCAGCGGUGGCGCUACUACUUCCUGUCCGCCUUCCAGCGCCACAACGAGACGGUCAACAUCUGGACUCACCUGCUGGCGCUCCUGGUCCUCUUGGUGAAGCUGAGACAAGCGGCGGAGAUGGUGGACUUCGCCGGGGACCGUCACUCCUGGCCUCUGUUGGUCCUCAUCGUGUCGGCCAUCAACUACACGGCGUUCAGCGUGGUGGCUCACCUGCUGGGCAGUAAGUCGGAGCUGUGUCACUACACCUUCUUCUUCUUUGACUACGUGGGCGUGGCGCAGUACCAGUACGGGAGUGUGGUGGUGCACUAUUACUACGCCGUGGAGGAAGACUUCUACUCACGAGUGGGCCGCGUCUUCAUCCCUGUGGCGGUGCUGCUCAGCUGGUGCUCGUGUUUAGGCUGCUGCUACGGUAAAUAUCGGAACCACUCGCUACCAACUUGGGUGCGUAAAGUCGGCCAGGUGACGCCCUCUUCCCUGGCCUACAUGUGGGACAUCAGCCCCGUCCUGCACAGACUCCUCUCCACGCCCGCGGGCCAGGACGACCCGGCCGCCGUCUACCACCUCGGCCACAUCGGCUUCUUCAUCAGCUGUGCCUUCUUCUUCGCCUUCCCCGUGCUGGAGCGCAUCUUUCCCGGCCGCUGCGACAUCCUGGGGCAGAGCCAUCAGCUCUUCCACGUGCUGCUGUCCUGCUGCACCAUGUUCCAGAUCCACGCCGCCCACCUGGACUACGUGGGCCGCAGGGAGGUGUAUGAGCGGCUGCACGGGAGGGGCGACGCCGCCUUGCUGGCGGCCGUCUACGUGCUCACCUUGCUGGUGUGCCUCCUCAUCGCCGCUUUCAUGCUGUGGAAGGCCAAACGCUUGCUUGACCGCCAGGCCAAGCUGAAAUGAAAGUGGAGCAACACUGUAGUUUUUUAAUGGUACUACUGUACAAUCAUUAGGUGCACCUGCACUAUCUAUUAAGGUCCAAACCGGAAAUGUUUUCUUUGAGUUGCCAUGGCGACACUCACCUAGUGGUGUGUUGCAGGAAUCUUUCCAUUUCUGCUUCUAUGGUCAUUAUCACCUUUCAAACUUGGCACCCCCAAGUAUUGUUUGACCUUUUUGAAGUUUAUUUUCCAAGGAAAUUUUGGUUGAAAUCCACACCAAAAUAUCGCAAACUUACCGAUGCAGCUCUCCCGGGCGCGGCCACCGCUGCUGCUCACUGCUCUCCUCACCUCCCAGGGGGUGAUCAAGGGUGAUGGGUCAAAUGCAGAGAAUAAUUUCGCCACACAUCGUGUGUGUGUGUGUGUGUGUGUGUGUGUGUGUGUGUGUGUGUGUGUGUGUGUGUGUGUGUGUGUGUGUGUGUGUGUGAGAGUGUGACAAUCAUUGGUACUUUAUCUAUAUUGGAUCUUAGAUGUGCCUAAUACUGUUGCUGCUUUGUGUAUUUCCUACUGACACUGUCAGCGCAGUACUUUAUAUUACUUGGAAUUAUUUAAAUGAACUCGGACCAGAAUUGUCAAGACUGUAGAUGCUAGUAACAUUACUUAUAAUUUAAGCCAUGGUACAAUAUUUAGAAUUCUAAUAUGCAUAUUAAAUUAUCUGGAGGGGAUUUUGUUUAUUUUUUAAAGCUGUAGUGUUUUAACGUGCCCUUUUGAAUGGGGACAAUUCUAUGCCAUUAUGCCUUAAUGUGCCUUUUUAUGGAGGUUAAUGUGUGUCCUUAUUACAAAAGCUUUUUUUUUACUCAGAAUUUAUGUAACUGAUUUUUUUGCAUUUGAAUUUUGUGAACUGAUUUUUGUAAAAAAAAAAUAUGCUUACAUUGAAAAAUAAUUUGUGAGCAAAAUAUGUGUUUAAAAAUGUGUCUCGUCAAACUACAGUGUUUUAAAAUUCAGUACAGAAAAUGUGUUGCUUCGAAACUCAAGAUUCACUUCCGGUAAAUUAAGACUGACGCAAUCGAUCCUGUCUUAGAACCAGCCAAUUAGGUGCUUCCGUCUUAAUUUACCUGAAGAGAGUCUUGAGUUUUGAAGCUGAAUUUUUAUACAAUUAUUUUUUUACACACUGAAUUUGAAAACACACACAUUUUGAAUGUGUCGGUUCAAUUCACAAAAUUUAAAUGCAAAAAAAUCAGUUAAAUGUCCCCCCCCAAAAAAGCUCUUGUAAUAAAGACAAAAAAUUACCUCCUUACUGUUUAAAUGGGGACGAUUCUGUGCCGUACUGUUUUAAUGUGCAUUUUAUGGUGAUGAAUUUGUGUCUUUAUUUCAACUGAAUUUAUGAAAUUUAAUUUUUUGUGUUUGAGUUUUGUGAACUGAUUUUUUUUUUACAAUGAAAAAACAUUUGUGAGCAAAAUCUGUGUUUAAAAAUUCAGUAAGUUUACAUAUAUUGUUUUAAAAUUCAGUUAGUUAAAAUUAAUUGAGUAAAAAUUCAAUGCAGAAAAAUGUCAAAACUCAAGAUGUCAAAACUCACUUCAGGUAAAUUAAGACUGAAGCAAUAGAUCCUGACUUAGAACCAGCCAAUAAGGUGCUUCCGUCUUAAUUUACCUGAAGUAAGUUUUGAAUUUUGAAGAAACAAGGUUGUUUUUUUUUACUAAAUUUUUAUACACAAAGAGUGUCCAAACUUUUUUCACCGAGUGCUGGACACUGGAAAUGGAAAGAGUGCAUGGGCCAUUUUGAUAUUUUUCAUUUUCAAAACCAAUACAAUGUGAUAUAACCCUUAGGGCUUUCCUUAAUUCUGGUGUGUUAAAGGUCCUGCGUACCCAAAAUAGUUUCAGCCAUUAAAGUAAAAAUAAGUCAUAUAUUAUUAUAUAUAUUUUUUUUUACUUUUGAUGUUUAAAUAUCUAUGGAUCAACUUCGGAUUUGUCCAUUGACAUAAAGUUUAACAGGAAAAACACAAAAUAUGCAAGGUUUUACCCACAUAAAUGAUCAAAGUGGAAUAUUUGAGUUAUUCAAUUAUUAAUACAUUGCUUUCAAUUCAUUAUUAUUUUUUGAGUAAUGACCGUUAAAAAAAAUCAGACUUAAGCUCCCAGGGAUCUAAAAGGCCCCCACUCAUAAAAGUGUUAAAAACAAGUCAUACACCAAUGUAUGUUAUUUUUACUUUCAACUUUCUCUUGAUCAACUUUAGAUCUAUCCGUCAAUUACAGGUUUUUAUUAUUUUGGAGCAAUGAGAGUUUUAAAAAAAAACACCUGCAAGGCAGCUUUGUGUUAUUUCAAUAUUGCAACAAUUUAUCAUUACAUUACACCAGUUUGCUCUUUUAUUCCACUUUGGACACCUGUUAUACACUGAUUUUAUUUUAUUUUUUUACGCACUGAAUUUUGAAACACACAUUUUGCUGAGACAAUUUUAUUCAAUAAAAUUGUCAGCAUAAUUUAAACAUUUUAUUUGAAAAAUUCAAACACAAACAAUGCAGUUACAUAAAUCCAGUGUUAAAAACAACUUUCACAUAGAAACACAAAUUAACCUCCAUACUUUUUAAAUGGGGAAAAUGUGCCAUGCAAAUGUUGCAACUUGGUUUACUGCGAUAAAAUCUGUUCCACUGCUGGCUUAAUUAAGGAACUUUUUCCAGUAUGUUUGAUAGUCUAUGCAGCCCAAAUGAAUGUGUAUUUUGCCAACAUGUAAAACAGCUGAACCCCGGCCAUGUCGAGUUUCUUUUUGUUUGUGUUGCGUUAAAACUCGACAGUAUUAUAUUUGAUCAUCAUUUAAGGGUAAUUCUCAUGACACUGCGGUAUGGGGCUGUGCAAUAUCAGGUGACAUAAAAUAAUGUUAUGCUAUUAUAGUCAGUGCAGAGUGCAGUGCUCACAUUGGGGAAUGGGAUUGGCUGUCUCACACUGCUUGUUUGGUCUCCAUAGCAACCUUUUAAAGCAGUGUUCAGCUGCAGGACCCCAAUCUGCAUAUUGAUGUACUAUCAUGUUUCUGUGAUUAGCACUAAUGUGUGCCCUUUUCACAGAGUGUCCCUGAGCAAGGACACUUAAUCAGGAGGAAGACAAAAUGUUUGUUUUUUUAAUCUUGUUUACAAAUCAUGCAAAGGGAGUGUAUGUGAUGGUAAAGGUGAUGCUUUGUAAAUAUUGUAACAAUUGACACUUUCUUUUAUUUUUUUUGUCCACAAAGAUGCCUGAAAUAAAAAUUAUUAAUGAAGGUA